GCGUUUACUUCAGGAGUCCUGCAGACCUCCAGGACGCACGGUGAUCUGGAGACAGAGCAGACACACGGGACAAUCACACUCGAGUUUAUGGAGCGAAAACAUCACGGACGUUUGUAGCUGUCAAUUUUGUAAAACAGACAAAAUGAAGAUCAGAGUGGUGCAGAUUUGGGGCUUCCUCAUGACCGUUCUUGGUUGGAUCUUUGUGGCGUGCACGAUGGCCAUGGAGGGGUGGAAAAUCAGCGCGAUCGGCGGCAUGGCUGGAUCGUCCAUCGUCAAAGUGGCGUGGUACUGGUCCAGCCUGUGGAGGUCGUGUUACACAGACUCCACGGCCGUCAGCAACUGCUACGACUUCCCGGUGUUGUGGUCGGUGGAAGGUCACAUUCAGAUAGUGCGGGGGUUGCUGAUGGCCGCUCUCUCUUUGGGGAUGCUGGGGUUUGUUCUGAGCAUGUUGGGGAUGGAGUGCACGUAUCUCGGAGGCCAGGAGCUGUCCAAAUACAAAAAGGUCUACGCUGGAGGAUGGUGCCACAUUAUAAGCGGCUUCCUGUCUACGAGCGGAUACGCCGUUUACGCUCAGUUCGUCUCUGUAGAAUAUUUUAACCCGGACUUCCACGACCUGAAAUACGACCUGGGCACGCCGCUGUUCUUGGGCUGGGUCGGUUCUGCCUUCCAUAUGGCUGGCGGUUUCUUCUACGUGUGGUCUGCGUGCUCGCCGUUGUGUGGAGGGCAGGAGGAGGUGGUUGUAGCCGUCAAAGCCGAACCAGACGUGGAACAGAACACCUCCACCAUCAUCAACAAGUCCACCACAGCUUUGUCCACACAGUCCAACCUCACCUCCAAAACCAGACUCCCCUCCGUCUCCGAGCUCUCCUCCAAACAGUCCGACGUAUCGGGAAUCUCCUCCAGAUCGGCUCGCUCUUCCAGAACUUCCAGGACACCCAGAAGCCCCAGAACAGCAGGGUCCCGGGCCACCUCCGCCUCUGCCUCCACCUCUAGCUCCAGAUCAGGCUCAGGGUCAGGGAGGUCCUCCAGGUCCAGCUUGUCCACCAUCUCAGAGUCCAGCAGGAGCAGCAGGACCAGCAGGAGCAGCAGGAGCAGCAGGACCAGCGGGAGCAGCCGGAGCAGCCGGACAGUAUCCACAAUAUCGGGAAUUUCCAGUAACACCCCGUUUGUGAAGAAUUCCUACAUAUAAAAUAAAAAUAAAAGACUCAAGAUGAAUCGUUUUAAUGUGAAAACUGUGAACUCUACUGUAAAAUACUGUUGAUAAUAAAAACUGUCUAAAGCGU